UUUCCCCUUUUUCCAUUCUACAGGAAGAGAGUAAGAAAGAAACACGAGGGAGAAAGCGUUGGAGGAACUGCCCUAUCACCUUCCAUUACGGAGAACAGAACCUGAAAAACCUGUUCUCCUAUCUUCCUGGCAGGUUUCUCCUUCGAUUUCUACGAUUACUCUCUCGAGGGUUUGGUCUUUGAUGCAUCUGGUUAUUGCUUUAGAUACAAACUUUCGGCCUUUUUGCUUUUUUUUUUUUUUUUUAUUGAACCCUUUGAUUUUCGGGUCAAGAUAAGAGAAGGUUUUGGUAUUGCUCUAAUAUAAUAAAGUAGUUUUCUUUGAUUGAACCCAUUGAUUUAUUUGUCUUAAUCAAAAUAAGACAAGAGUUUGGAUUAUUUGAUCCUUGGUCUUUGAAUUUUGAACUGGGUUUUAUUGGCACACGAUCAAUGGGAGAAUUGAAGAAUUGAGAGAGGACUUGGGUUUCUUGACUUCGUGAUCAUUGGAUUUUCUAUAUCUGUGGAUGUAUCUUUUUAUUAUUGAAGAGAAGAAUAGGCUUGUGAACUUGCCCAAUUUCUUUCUGGGUGUUCUCAGGUCAUCAUUGAAUCUGAAUCUACCGUUUGAACAAGAGGUCUUUUCUUUUUGUAUCCCUAGAGAUAGAUGGGAUAAGGAGUUCUUCAAACUCCAGGGUGGCUAGUAUCUUUUUUUAAUUUGUGACUUCACACAGUUCUUGGUAGUAUAGAAUUUGGAUUACAUCUGGGAUUAUAUUGAUAUGGGUUCUCCGCAAGGUUCUACUUUUUCGGCUAAUAUGGCAGGUUUAGUUGAUGGUUCUCCUUCUCGCAGAGAGGUCUCUUAUAUUGAUACUAUGCCUGUUUAUGUUAAGGAGCUCAUUGCUGGGGGAGCUGCUGGAGGAAUUGCAAAGACUGCUGUUGCCCCCCUUGAAAGGACUAAAAUACUCUUGCAGACAAGAACUGAAGGUUUUCAAUCUCUUGGGGUGUCUCAAUCCUUGAAGAAACUAUUUAAGCAUGAGGGAAUUCUUGGCUUUUAUAAGGGAAAUGGAGCUAGUGUUAUUCGGAUUGUUCCUUAUGCAGCCUUACAUUUCAUGACAUAUGAGCAGUAUCGCAGUUGGAUCUUGAAUAACUGUCCUGCUCUAGGUUCAGGGCCUGUUAUAGAUUUAUUAGCUGGUUCAGUGGCUGGAGGAACAGCAGUUUUAUGCACAUAUCCCUUAGAUUUGGCUCGUACUAAACUUGCGUAUCAGGUAUUGGACACAACUGGAAAUUUCAGAUCUGGCAUGAAAAGUAUAGGCGCUCGACCUGCUUAUGGUGGCCUGAAAGAUGUAAUUACGAAUGUCUACCGGGAAGGGGGAGUACGUGCACUGUAUCGGGGAGUGGGCCCUACACUCACUGGGAUCCUUCCUUAUGCCGGUUUAAAGUUCUACGUGUACGAGGAACUUAAGAGGCAUGUCCCUGAGGAGCAGCAAAAGUCAAUAGUGAUGCGCCUUUCAUGUGGAGCUUUAGCUGGGUUACUUGGACAGACCUUCACAUACCCAUUAGAUGUAGUUCGAAGACAGAUGCAGGUUGAAAAUUUGCAACCUUCAGUUCAAGGUCAUGGCAGAUACAGGAACACAUGGGAUGGGCUUUCCACUAUAGUCCGCAAACAAGGAUGGAGACAGUUAUUUGCAGGUCUUAGCAUUAACUAUAUUAAGAUUGUUCCCUCUGUGGCAAUUGGCUUUACAGCAUAUGACACGAUGAAGAUGUGGCUUCGAAUCCCACCUCGACAGAAGUCCCAACCACUGUCCGCUGGAUAAGUCUCUGACCAACGAACGCAACUCUGUUGUUACAUUACAUGCAUACAGCUAGUACGCCUUCGCAAUACCUUAUUGUUCUGCACCUUUAAAAAUAGUUUCAACCAUACUGACUCGCAGGCCAGAGGAUUUCUGUUCUAUUCUCUGUUGGGGGUAGACCUAAAACAGUUUAAUGGUACUUAUGUUUUAACAAUUUUUUUUUCAUAUAUUAAAUCAUAUGUAAAAGUAAUGAUGAUUUGGCUUAAGAGUAUGAUUCGAUGACGUUCAUCAGCAUUGGUCAUUCAGCAAUAAUGUAACACGAUACAUCUUAAGACUUUGGAACAUGACCAUUAAAAACUGGGUCUAAGUUGUGUAACUUUCGAUUAUUGGUAAAAUCAUUCCAUCAUUGUUGCA